CCUAUAAACAAUCAUAAUCAUAAACAAGAGAAAAUUUAUUUAUGCCAAAAUACAACAAAACAAAUAAGAAGAAGGUCCGAUUCGGUCAGACAUGAUGGGCAAUUUGAAACUUGCAGACAGUUUGCUGUUGAAAUGCAUUUCUUCUUCAACAGCCAUGGUUCCACAUACUUCCUGGAUUUACAGAGGUUUCGUUUCAUCUACAAGGCCUUCACAAAAAACGAAGGUGGAUAAAGAGACGUGUCAAAGAGUGGUAGAAGCAGCUGGAGCAGUGAAAGAGGGUGCCAAAGAGGUCAAAGGUGUUGUUCAAGAAGUCAAAGAAGCUGUUGCUUCCGGGGCUGGAUCGGCAGUGAAAAGGGUAGCGGAGAAAGCUAUAGAGAAAGCGGUGGAGGGCGAGGAAGAGAAAGGGCCGUGGGAGAAAGUGAAGGCUACUACUAAGGCUAUCAAGAAAGACGUCAUGGGCGACAAAUCCGACUCCAGCUAAAUCAUUCUUAGCUUACCUCUGCAUUGGAAAGGAAAAGAUAAAGAAAACACUCAGAACUGCAAGAGGCUAAGAGUAAAUUUUUGUUAAGGAGUUAGAAUGUUAUUUGAUGUCCCGGGAUAAAUGAGCACUUUUUUCUUCCUUUGGAUGUGAAAUUGUAGAUUUUAAAGAUUGAUAGUUGAUAUUUGGAAAGAGAACUUAGAGGCGGUAACACUAUUUUUCGCCAACUUUUUCACCAAACACGUAACUUUUGCUUUCGCGCGUUGAAUUGUGUAAUAAUAAGAAAAAGGUAAAGUUGGAGUUACUUUUCUGGCUGUAUUGGCUGAAGUUAUUGUAG